CCCGAAGGUAAUCUCUCGUUCAGGUCUCCGAUAAUAUUUUCGUCGAUCAACAUCUUCGUCUUACUUCUACAUGCUGUUCGUUAGCUGUAAGACGGUUCGAAGGGAGUGGACUAUGCUUUUUCGUUUCAAUUUUUAGGUCCUCGAGGUUGAGCUAGUGCUUACGUUUGACUUUGAUCGAUUUUGGUCGAUCUAUCUCCGUGGAUGCCAUGGCUAGUGCUUUUUGACGCCAUGGAGGCUUUCAUGAUCCGAUCUGACGAGCACUUGACGAGCUAGGGUUUUGGUCUUCUCUUUUGAGAAAUUAUUAUAUAUAUAUGUCCAGCUCCGAUGACUAAGAUCAGCAUGAAUGUUGCGGAGCAAUUGACCAUGCCAUUUGGUGUCUGAUCUUUGUAAAGCGCAGAAGCAGUUCUCUGAUGUCAAUUUUGGGGCUAAUUGGUACGUUUUGUUGUUGAUUUUGCUCCCCGGCAGGGAGUUUGGAGAAAGUUAUUGUUUAGUCGGCGGUUUUGUUGGCAGUCAUGUUUACCGGAAGAGAAACGUGCGCGAAAUUGCCGUUGGUCGUAUCUUUUGGAUUUACGAAUUUAUUCGAUCGCAUCGAUUCUCAUGUAUAUCCGAUUCAGGAUUUGUACACUACUCUAGUUCCUAGUCUUUAGAGUUAGGCUUGUGAAUACACAUUGAUUUCUGGUACAUAAUGGAAGCAGAGUGGACUAAGGUAUUAGGCAGUGGAAGUAGAAUUGUUGGUAAGCGACUAUAUCGACGCGUGGGAGGUAUUAAUGGAUUUGGUAAAAAGCGGAAUUCACGAUGUUCUGGCUUGAAACCGUCUUUUGAAAAGCUUCGCAAGCGUAAGAGAUCUGAUGCUUGUGGUACAUGUGACAGUCCUUGCCCAAGGAAGUCUGCAUUGAAGUAUUAUUCGAACUUUAUUGAGAGCAGUCUACCAAACCGCGUUUUGUUUUUUGAAAACAGCGAAUGGAAUGAUUUCCCUGCUUAUGUUGUUGACUCAGUGAGGGAACAUUUUCAGUUGAAAAACGCUGCUAUCGAAGUGAAGUUCAAUGGGUAUCAUUAUUUGCUAGAUAUCUUAUACAUGGUUCAGUGGGAUCUGAAAACUGGUUUGCAAAAGCAGAUCGCUUGGAUUGAUGACAAAGGGAGCUGCUAUUUCCCGGAAAUUCUUCUGGGUGCUAGUGCCUCUAGGAUGCCUGAGGCUUGCCAAACUGAAGUAGAGAGAGAUCCAGGUUUAGUGCUUCAGCUACCUGAGGGUGACCAAGAUAUUAAACUGCAACUUCAGAUUGAUAUCAAAGGAGCACCUAUGUAUGAUCUCGAGGGUUGUGUUGAGGAGUCCAAUUCUCAUGCUAAGAGGAUAAAAAUUAGGAGAAAAUCUUUAGGUGGGCCUGAGGAUUUGGGGAUUGAUUGCAACCUUGAUCAGGAUGACCAGGCAUCAUAUGUGAAACCAGAGGAAGUUGAUGGGGCAUGUCAACUGAAGGUUGAACAGAUGGCAGCUGAGGUUACACCUAACUACAAGUUAUUGGAACCUGCUGCUGUAAGAGACAUUUGUCUUGCUGGCAUGAAAUUGUUUGGUGCAAGACUAAUCGAGAUGACACCCUGCUCUGAUAAUUUGAUGCAAUCGCGGCUAGAACUUUUCACAAAGCAAGUUGAAAUCACUAGGAAAAGUCGAGGGGAUCCUAAUGUUAGAUAUGCAUGGCUUGCUGCCAACAAGGAUGCUUCUUCUAGCCUCAUGAUAUAUGGCUUUGGUGCUGGUGGAUUUACUGCAAUGUCCAAACAUGGGUCAGCAGUUCACCUGACCCCACUAAAUGAUCUGCAUGCCAGUGCAAAAAACUGUGCUGCUGACGAGGAAGGACUGCAAUACCUGGUACUCUGUCGUGUUGUACUGGGGAGCGUUGAACCUGUUAACCCUGCAUCUGACCAAUUCCACCCCACUAGCCAAAGCUUUGACAGUGGAGUUGACAAUCUUCAGAAUCCACAUCUAUAUAUAGUUUGGAGCAUGAAUGCUAGCACUCAUAUUUUUCCAGAAUAUCUCAUCACUUUCAAGAUGACAUCAGGAGCUCAAGGCACUUCAGUUGGGAAAGAAACCAAUAUUGCGAUUUUGGGAAAGCCAAUUACUGAAAUGCCCAUUGGUGGGGCCUGUCCAAAUCGUUCUACUGAGACUGAGGGAAUAUCUCCACCGUUUCCAGACCAUGGGAAGAUGACACCUCAGAACAGAGAUGUUAACCAAGGAUUAAAGCCUGCCAAGGUUCCCAGAUCCCCAUGGAUGCCUUUUCCGUUGUUGUUUGAAGCCAUAUCAAGAGAGGUAUCUCCCAAGGAUAUGGACAUGGUGAACGUUCACUAUGGCCUUUUCAUGAGCAAGAAGAUCACCAGGGAUGAAUUCAUUAAGAAGCUGAGGUCAAUUGUUGGGGAUGAAUUAUUGAGGUCCACUAUAUUGAGUCUUCAGCGUAAGCUGCCUCUGGGUUCUAGCUUCAACAGUAAGUUUGCAGUGCAAGAGCAGAAGUGCUGAGGCUUUUAUGUCAAUCCUCACCUGGUUUGCUUCCUUACUACUAUGUGGAAUAAAAUCAACCGUGCUUCUGUUUUCACACCCUCUUUUCCUUUCGGAAAUUUCUUAGCUUUUGCGUCUAAUUAGUGUCAUUUUUUUUCCUCCUGGGGGCAAGUUCUUGGUAUUUUCACUGCUCUGAAGCGACUCUUAUUAGAUGAACUCUUGUGAAAGAAUAAACGUACCGAACUUGAGUUUCUUUUCCGUUUCAUAUAGAACUUAUGAGCCACUUACUGUUUUUCA